AUGCAACGACCUCCUCCGCAGAUCUUCGAUUUAGUAGACAUCAGAGAAAGAUUGCAAUACAAUCAGAUUCUCGUAAAAUCGAGGGGGUUCAGUUCUCUUGUUGAGCAAAUAAUCAGCCGAAAGCUCGACGCAAAAAAGGAUAUCGAAUACAAAAAGGUUCUAUUCGAUUGCUUCUAUGAAUAUGGAGAUGUUCCUCUUGAAAUGUUGCUCGAUGUGCUUCCAAUUCUCCAGGAGAGACAAUUGAUUAGCGCACAAACCAUUCUCGAGGAAUUCUCGCUUCGUCUGCUGAAAAUCAGCAAGGAACAAAUCAGUCGGGCGUUUCCUAUGGUGAUAAACGCAUGUCUCCCGUCAUUUUCAAAGUUUUUGGAGCUGGCAGCGCGUAUCGAUAAAGAUGUGAUGGCUGACAUGUUUAUGGAAGAAGACCUCCAGCGCGAUCACUACAGAUACAUCAUGGUUCUUCUAUAUUCAGGACUGUUGAAUGAUGACCAGAAGAGAAGGCUUGGAAAUCUGAAGUUGGUUCAAGAAAUAUUUUUGCAACACUUUCCACACCUGUAUCCCGUCAAUGAUCGAAAGACAUUUGACCCAGAACACCACUUGAGAGCUUGCUCCGCACCUGAAAUGGAAAAAGACACACUUCAAAGCCUCGACACCUUCCAGAUGCUACGACUGAUGCACGAGAGACCCGCGAUUCUUCGUAAUCCCAACGUCGGCCAAUCCAUUCUCUUCACACCAUUCAUGUUUCUGAUGUCUCAGUACAUACCACAUGUGGCGAAUGUGAUGAAACCGGAACAAGCAGAACAGAUGAGAAGACUCACUGCCAACAAGUUCGAUGAAUGUGUAGAGCAGAUAAAAUUCGCCGAGCCUGACUUUUUCAAGUCAGAUUUGACGAUGGAGAAGAUGCUAAGCCAUGUGAUCACUAAGAAUACAGAGGAGCAGUUUUAUCGAUUCGUUGAAUACUGUUCUGACGAGUUGCCAAUGUUCCUCGAGGCUCACUUUCUUCCUGGUCUCCUUGCACUUCUUCCAAACUGCACUGAAAAUCAACUCCUUCAGAAAAAUAUCGUCGGCCUAGUCGUUCAUUAUUUGAAUAGUGCACCAGAUCAUGCUGAAGAGUUUGUCAACUUCUUUAUUGGAGUCUAUGCGAAAGCAUAUUUUCCAAUCAGCAAAAGUAUGCUUCUGGAAGCUUUUGUUGAGAUGAAAGUUGAUAGAUUUGCACUGACUCCGAUCGCCGGAUUUUUGAGUUACGAGAUGGCAAGAGGCACAGAUCGUGUUGGAGGAGCUAGAGCGUUGGCGAAAUUGAUCAGAAAGUAUCCAUGGGCCGUCCAAAAGGCCGUACCAGCUCUCAAGUUGGAUGGCAAUGACCCAGAAGAACUCUUCCGUGCAAAGAUGGAGCUUGCCAAGGAGUGUUGUCUUGCUACUGAUGACCACGAGAUCGUUCUCGGACAAAUCGAAGGUUUCAUCAAAGACAAUGGAUAUCGUCUAGCGGCUACAAUGGAAAUCGCAGCGGAUCUUGCCAAAAACGACAUCCUAGACGUCUGGACGAGUCGUAACAUUCUCGGAAGAAACGUCAAGUAUCUAGGAAACGAGGCAGCCUGUGCUGCUUAUUGCCGAUUCUUGGCUGUUGGAGCGAAUUUGGAUGUGGAAGACUGUGCGUCAGAACUAGAGGAGAGAAAGAAGAAAUUCAUUGGGGAUCUUAAAGAGUUCACACAAAGCACACAUCCUUUAGUGGCCACAGAAGCGUGGGAUUCGUUGGGAUUUUUCACGAUGGAGGAGAUCCAAGAGCAUAUGGGUAUGGUUCCAUCAGGAUAUGGAGAGAUUUAUAGAAAUCUUGAUCCAACUCAUCGACUGGGAUUUGUAAAAUUCUUGAAUCAUCAUUUGGACACCGAGAAGGAGUCUUACCCAAGAUCUUUGUACAAUUCUGCGUCAGAUAUGGCGGAUGUACCACCUCUGAUGUUGAAAGUGGACACCUACAAAGAUCAACUCACGAACAAGUACAAGGACGAACCCUGGUUUUGGGCGUCUACUCUCCCAAUGACCGCUUCUAUUCUCCAGCUAACGUCUCCAAGCAACAAAGCUACGACUGCAGUUCGCAUUCUGAAAUCUUGUCUACUCCAAGUUGAACCAGCCACGAGUUCAGAAGAAAUGAUCUGUUUAGUUGCGAGAUGGAGAAUUUGUAUUCGUGAAAUGCUGAACGUUCUUAUGGAAUCCAAGAGCAAUGACAUUCUUUGGGCGAGAGACCAAAUUUGUUCAGAGGGACGAAUGAGCUUGGCACAGAAGAAUGAGUCGGUGGACUGCAUAAUGAUGAUGCUGACAGUGCUAGCUGAGAGCAUUGAAGAGAAACUCAAAAAUUCAGAAGACCCAAAAUUUGUUAACGAAGUCUCUACUGCUCAGAAGCCGUGGUUGAUAUCAGUUCUGGAGUUCUGUGCCACAAGGUUACCAAAAGAGCACAAGGAGGCGUGGAUAGUGAAAGCCAACCCAAUCUAUCAAGUCAAAACUCACUCCAAUCAAUCGUCUCUUCACACUGCCAUGUUUUGCUGCCGUCUCCUGCGUAGAAUCCCGGCGCUCACCGAAUACUAUCGUGACUUGAAGGAUCCAGAGUUUGGAAAAGACCCAUACCUUCGAUAUUUGCUUCAGGACUCUUCGAAGCGUAUCGAGAACGACUUGGUUGUUUCUCGAUACAUGAUGUAUGUGACUGCAGAAGCAUAUGGUGUCAGUGAGUUGACCGCAAGAAGAUUCGAAACUGACCAUCAAGCUACAGUAGAAGAGAAGACUGGAUCAUCUGCCAACCCAUCAUUGGAGUGUAAUGAAGAUAUCGAAGAAUUCUUCACUCAACUAUUCAAAUCUUCGCGGAAUAAAAUGAGCGAAAUCCAACAGCAGAAUAGGAAGGUUCUUGAGAAGAUGUGGAAUAGUGGAAGUGAAGACGUCAAGAUGAAGAUCUACAAAGGACUGGGCUACCUGGCAUUGGUUAGUGGAUCAGGACGCAAGAAGGCGGUUGUUCCAGUUGAGAAGCUUUCCGAUAGUAGUAUUCUAAAAGGAGUCCUUCAACUUUUCGAUGAAAAGUUGAAUGUACCAACUGACGCCCUUCAACUACUUCUUCGAGUUUUCGCUGAUCACAGAAGACCAAAUGGACGAUUCCUUCCACCUAUUGACUGGAUGAAAGUGCUGGAGAGAGCAGAAUGGAAGGCAGUGGAUCCAGAAACUCGAUUAUCCCUUAUCAAGUUAUCAUGCGAGCAGAACAUUCCUGAUGUGUUGUUCCAUUACGCAGGAGGUGAUUUGACGGCACAACAAGUUUACGUGAUUGCUGAGAACUUGCGAACAGUGAUGAAGUUGUUGCCAAGGAAGGAGUUCAUGAUAAUUCUCCGGCGAAUCACUAAGCAAGCAAGAAUCGUUGAUGAGGACAAGGAGAACGUUCUGAAACUGUCCAACGCUGUCGCUGAGUUGGAGAAGGAUCCGAUUGUUCAUGAGUUUCUGGUGGGAGAUCUUCCAAAACUCGACGAUCCAGUUCAAGUCACCGACCCAAUUCUUCGUGCCCUAAAGGACCCAAUAGCGUUCAUCGGUUCCAUCUCAAGAUCUUUCGAUGUUUGGGCAGAAGCACAUAAUGGAGAUAAGAUGAAUAUGAAGAGAAUUUGUGAAUAUAUUCUAGAAGAGACCAACACUUUGACAGAGGCAAAAAUGUACGUAUUGCUAUCGUUGGAAGCGAGACGACUGUCCCAUAAGAAGAAAAUCGACAAGAUUCUCGACGUCAUCACCGCUAGCCGAAUUCAAAGAAGUGCUAAUGGAGACAUGAGCAAAUUCUUCCCAAUCGUUUUGGCAAUCAUUGUGUCUCUCGACCCAACUGUGCAGAUUUCGGUUUGUUUCUUUGGAACGGAAAGUCAAACUAUCGAAAUGAUGUGUGCAGCGAAGCGACCCUUCUUCAGAUCUCUAUUGAAAUGCGCAGAGAUGAAAAAGCAUAUCGAACAUAUCGGUUCAUUCCUCCGCCCAUACGUCGAUGGAGAAGAGACGGAUAUCUAUGAGUUGUGGCAGAAAACUGCAGCAACUGAUAUGCUCCGUGACGUCAUCGCGCAUUUCGGCUACGACGCACUCUUGAAUCUUCUUCACGAAGACGACUUCUUCUGGCAGACGAUUCUUCCCAUGUCGGUCGAGCAACACAUUGCCAACGACCAGUUCCUUCAAAAGCUGACGGCGUUCUACCGGGAUUCGAAGAUCCGUGGGCCACGCAGCGUCUAUGUCACAAUGAAGCCAUAUGACGGACGUACAAAAGCAGUGCCGAAAGGCAGCACUUUUAAGGACGGCGACGAGGUGUCGUGUAUCUUCCGAGCGAAAUGGGGAAGCAAGAAGAUUGCUACAGAGGUGAAGGCUAAAGAAGUGAACAAGUUCCAUACACAAUAUUCCGCCAUCAUCAUCGCUCAAAUGGUCAAUUUGGAGAAGCGAAAAAAGACGGACGAUGAGAAGAAGAAGACGACGGGAGCAUCGAAAGCAUAG